UAAGGGGUCAAUUGAUCCUUUCGUAUCAAUAGUUAUAGAUGCGUGAGACAUCGACCCAUGAAAGAUGAUUUUAAAAUCGAAAAUUUCACCCGAAAACAUGAUUUUUUUGUAGCAAAGCAUUGAGCUGAAAUCGACCGCAAGCAGUUCAUGUCAUUCGUCUCGUCGAAUGUCACUCUAUUCACACAAACGAUUAUCUCUCGAUUGUCAGUUUUUAGCGGGGUAUUUUUGGCAUUAAUGCGCUACAUUCCGUGGUAAGCGUCGCUAAAUUGCUUAGAAAUCGCAAGGGUUUGUGACCAAUUCGUGAAAGAUUUUGGCCAUCGAUUUAGAWUCUGUUAUUCUUAAAAUAAUUGUUAUCUUUCGAGUAGCGGAUCUGUCAAGUACACACAUCAAAUACUUUUCACUAAACAAAUUUCCAAAUACUAUUGUUUGUUAUUCGUUAUUUAUAAUUCUUGUCCUUAAACAAUGUGUUCAGGGCAUUCGCUCUAUCGAUUUUUUACCCAAAACAAACAUUAAAUUUUUGGAGUUUAAAUCGAUCAUUUUUGAUGUUUUUGCGAUGGAGGACUGCCCAGAUCGCCUGAAGAAACAAACAUUAGAAUCGUUAUUUAAUUAUAUGUGGCCUUUGUUUUAUACUGUUCCAUGAACAUUCAAACCCGCUUGCGAAAAGUUAUCUUUGUUGUGUUCGCAACAAGCAUAAAUUCACCGCAUUUGGUAACAAAAGUUUUGCUGGCUUUUUGCUUUUAUUUGUAGCAAAARCGAUUGUAAAGAUGUUKAAUUUCACUGGUCAAGUAUAAGUGUUUUUUUGAAGUAUUCUUCAAUAAAUUUCAACUAUAAAUUUUGCCUCGAAAGUUAACUAGUUUAUCUAGUGUGGGGGCUAAACUGUAUCUUUUCGAAAAUGAAUUUACAAUCGAAAUACUCUUUUUUUAUGUAGAACUAAGGYGCUUCAUGACAAUUUUCAAACGCGAUAAAUGGAAAUGACACGCGUUCUUUAUGCUCGAGUGAGCGCAGAACAUUCCGACUCUUCAAAAAUCAUAUGUUAUUGAAAUGCCUGGUCAAAAAAGUAUAUCCCAUAUAACCGCAAAAAUCGAGCUCCGUGUCAUCUGYGARGGUUUGACUGUGAGGUUUUCAACGCAAGGCGAUGAUUUCUGGUGUUAAAUUUGAUUGGCAUUUCACUCUGUGACCGGCGAUCGUUUGUCAACGGCCUAUUAUGAAACAACAAUAUGCUAGGUGGGAUAAAACGUAUAUUAGACACCUCCCCACCCAUCUUUAAUGCUCCGCCAUUAGAUACGGUCAGAACAAGCGUAUGAGGUAUUUUAAUGUGUUUUUCUAACGAUUAUAUGAUUUAUACGAGUUUGAAUUUGAUCUAAAAGACUUUACAAAAUUUCUCGGCCUCCAAUCAAAAUAUACACAGGUGUGACGAGAGUUUACACACUUCGUUAAGAUUAGCCAAUCAGCGUGCUCGAUUUCCUAUCCUGUUACUCGGCUCUUGUUUUAAACCAAUCAGUCGGAAAUCACACUACAUCUUGAACUACAAGCCAUUUCCACGCUCUCUGUUACAACUCGUAAAUAGUCAAAUCCCGUGGUUUUGGACUAUCAAGGCAGGGUAGUUUUCGAGGGAAGGUCAGAGGCUGGUUUUGGGAGAAAUUCAGCUCUUUUGGAUGGCAUUUUCAGUGAUAGAUUGAGUUUUUGUGGUKGUGUAGCGUGCAGUCUCGUCAGUUGACAUUCUCAAUCGACCUUCGAUGACCGUAAAAUUACAACGUAAAAAUAACUUUUGAUAAAGGCUUUGAACGUCUACAGUAGAAGRAAGAAAUCCCAGUUAGUUUCUGACUGCCUGRAGCCGUUUUACAUGGAUAUCUAGCAGAAAUUUCAUCAUUUUUGAAGGGGAACUUGAAAGCUGAAAAGGUUUGAGAGUUGAACUUUCCAUCGUGAAAUUUCAGACAAUCCUUUCAAUUGCUGAACAAAGAAAUUCGGCGUGACUUGGUUCAAUUUAAAAAGGCCCAUUCAGAAUCGGGCAGGAUGAAAUCCUCUAAUUCAAACACGGUACUUGGCAUUAAACGCUCUGUAGACCUGAAUAUGAAUUCAAACAUCCAAAAAGACGAWGAUAAAAAGGGAUCUGAGACAGCGAAAUCUCGUCGUUCAUCAAAAUCGUCCAAAACAGACAACGAAUCGAAAGGUUCCGAAAGAAACGAAAAUGUCCUGACUUUUACUUCUGAAGACGAUGUAUACUACGAGCCAGGAGAUUGUGUCUAUGUGGACAGCCAAAGACCUGAUGUAGCUUAUUUUAUCUGUUCAAUAAAAGAAUUUAGAAUGUCUAAACGUGAUAGCCUGGCAGUGACGGUCAGAUGGUACUACAGACCCUCAGAAGUCCCAGAAUCAGUCUACCAACUACUUGUCCAGGACAGAAACACUGAGAAUGGAUCAAGCGAUCAUAUUCUAGAAGAUGAACUUGUAAAAGAAAGAGAACUGUUCAUUUCUGAUGCAACUGAUGUGUAUCCUGCAUCRGCCCUUAGAGGAAAAUGUAAAGUCCGUCCUUUUGUUGAGCUGUCUGAAAACCUCAAGGAGUACAUCUCAAAAGAAGAUUGCUUCUUUUACUUGCUGGGCUACAACCCKGAAACAAGGAGACUGGCAAAUACUAAAGGGGAAAUUCGUGUUGGACCCAGUCAUCAGGCAAUACUUCCAGAGUGUAAACCAUAUGUCCCUGACGAAAAUGAUUCUUCAUUUGAAACUUCACGAGAAAAAUUGGUUUGGAGUCCCAUACUAGAUGAUUAUGAUCUUAUGAUGUAUUUGCGAGCGUCAAGGAGUAUGGCACAGUAUGCAGGCAUGUGUAAUGGCGGGUCGCCCGAGGAUGGAUUCAGAGCAAUGUCGCAGGACGCUACAACAAGCAAUGCACUAAAUCUGUUACAUGAGAGUAGUUAUGACUGUGCUAAGGCACUACAAGCGUUAGUUAGGAAACCAUACCCGAAGGAACUUCGAAAGAAAUGGACAGAGGAUGAUAUCAAAAAGUUUGUAAAAGGGUUGAGGCAAUUUGGAAAGAACUUCUACAAGAUACAUAAAGAACUGUUGGGGCACAAGAAGACGAAUGAACUGGUAGAAUAUUACUAUAUAUGGAAAAAGUCGCACUCGGCUUUGAGCUCGAGGCCUCACAGAAGACGGAGGCACAAUGUCCUUCGUAGAAAAGCUUACACGAGGAGCUGUAUUGCUGCCGCCAUUGCUACACCAGCGAUUCCCGUAGCUGGCAUCACGGGGGUCACAACAAGGUGAUACUCUGUACAGACUGUAGAAUCUUCUUCAAGAAAUACGGCAAACUACCUCCAAUAGAGGACGAACGCAAACCACCGGCGUACAUGUUCAAAGCAGAGUUCAAGGACCUUGCAGAGGACGAGGGUUGUUGGAACAACGGGAAACUGUUGCGGAGUCGACGAAAUAUGCCUGUUGUGUCGACGACUUUGAGAUCUGGACGAAAUAAGAUGUCCAGCCCUGUUGAAUCAGUAAAUACGCCGCGACAGUCCCCAGUCCCCGUACCUCGUCGUCCAACAAGAAUCAGUAUCGGUAAACCAGCGUCUCCCUCUGAUGGCAGUUCAAGUAGCACUGGUAGCAGCGUGAACAAGGACAAAAAUAGAAAGAAUAAAUCAAAGAAGAAUAAGCUGAAGCGUCCAAUCGAGUCCUCCGAGAACGGUUCCACDAUCACAAAACGAAAGAAAGGUCAAGAAUCAGACGACGAGGCUCUAGAGGAGGGUAGCGACACYAGCAGCGCAACCGGCGGUCGCGACAGUGUGGUUCCCGACUACGACGCGCGAAGUGAAUGCAGUAACACAACGAAYAACGACGACAACCUAAGCACACGRUCGAACUCRCCCCUAGUCCUUCCAAUUAUGGAAUCUCUCCCGGCUAAAUUCAAACGCGURGGRCCUGGUGAUGAAAAYCGRAGCUGCGCAAGAACUGAUGUGGUAUUUGUUCAUCCGGAGAAACCGAAAGUCAAGGAAACGUCGAAACCUGCGGAAAGUAGUUCCGUUAGUAGCUCAGUCGCGAAAUCAGAGGCUUCUGAGAGCUUCUCAUCAACGACAAGUCGAGAACCACAUACUGUGUCCCGUCAAUCACCCAAGACUACACCAGCAACUGUCACUUCACACUACGAGUCAGCAUUACGYAAUAUGAUGGCCGGUGAAGGCGGSUAUCCAAUGUAUCCACCCAAUGCACCAGCAAUUCUCGCCCCGGGGGUUAGUAUACCCGGGUAUCCGGUACCGGAGGGUGCUAUAGACUAUCGUAUGUUACAGUAUAUGUACCCUACCGGGGUUAUUCCCGAGAGAGGUGACAAUGUAGCUAAGUUUGCGGAGGGAUUCGAGCAAUGGUACGCYCCAUAUCGUAACAUGGCACAGGUGCAAGGCGGUCAUUACGUACCGUAUCAACUACUGGGGCGUGGGAUCGAGCARGGCGCACUAGCGYCCAGGACUCCUCAGGCCCAUGAGGCCAUGAUGAAAAACGCUGCCGGUGGUGGUCGACUGGUACUUGAUCCUGUAACYGGGCUUCCUGUGCAAUUGGGUAAUCAUCAUUCUCAUUCGCACAUGCAUACGCACUUUCACAUCCAUCCGCACGAACAGCAACAGAUGCAACUACAAGCCGCUGCWGCAGCUGCCGCGGCAUCAGCAAACAUGGACCGCGCUGCCUACCUACAGGCCCAAGCCCAGGCCCACGCGGCACAGACACAUCCGGGAAUCGCCGCAUUGAGAAAUCAACAGUUACUAUGGCAGCAUCCUGAGCUAAUGCAACUGCACGCCGCUGGGCUGUCACCCGUUGAGGAGCAUGCGCAYGGUGCGUCRAUUCACGGACUCGGGUCCACUCCUYUGGACCGGCAAUUGCAGCAACAGUUGUUGAUCAACCAGCAUUCGAAGUAUCACCAUUCAGCCGCUUUKCAGCAGCAAUUGUUACAAGAGGAGAAUUAUAUGARACAUUUACGGUAUCAUCAAGACAUGCAACUAAAACAGAGAUUAGAGGAUGCGGCCAGCGGUAGUGACCCAUUCGGUGGUGURUUCAGGAAAGACCACAGAAACUURCAGAGYCCCUCGCAGCUAGAAAAUGUCGUGAAGAAGAACCUGGAGAGUGGGUCGAGUACCUUCGUCUCCCCCAGUAAGAAACCACCGGUUACUAUAGAUCUAUCAAAUGACUAAAUAUUUAUAUCCUUAUAUAAAWUUCUAUUUUAAACUAGAUGAUACCCACGACAUCCCAUAAUCCUUUGCCAUCGUCAGCAUUUCGAGUUUACMCAAYUCAGCCMCUGAACGUUCCAACUUAAACUUUUAAUCGUUUAGAGCAUUGUAAAUCUUUUCUUUCCUUAUUUUUUCGAUUUUCAAUUUAUAUAUUUUGUGUAUCUAUACUUUGUGACAGUUCUUCCACGCCGUACUUAAUGCCGCRAAGGAUCACGGGAURCUGUGGGGUUUGUAUUAACAUUAAGGGGGAGGUAAACUAAAAUUUCUUAAACAUUUAGAUAACAAUUAGAGUUUUUCCACUGUAAAUGAUUGCUUAAAGGUCGGUCURUGACCAUAUAAAUAUGAGAAAAACAUACUCAAUAUUUAAUUUGGGUCCAAAGAUAAUUUAUUUUGGCAAACGUAAGAAUCAAAUUAUGUUAAACUUCGAAGUGGCUCGGGUGGAUUGUUUGUGGAAAGAGUUAUCGUCAUAAACUCGUGAAAUAAAGUGUCAAAGCCAAGUUUGAUACACCAAGGCGGCACAGAAAAACGUUUAAAAAUAUUUAAAAAAGUGUAGAACGCUAUCGUGUAUUCCACGGGCUYUUGGAAAGCAUUUCAUCGAAAUUGUUUGUGAUUGUGUCCUUAUUUCUUUAUAUUUUUUGUGGUUUGUUGCAGGCAUAAUACCAUGUAUUUUGUAGCAAAUUUUGUUUAUUAUUCGUUUUUUGUAUUUAUUUUCAUCAAGCAUGUUUGUCUACUAAGUUUUGUUCACCUAAUUUGGAUUUUUUACGGUCUUUUAUCUGUUUUUGUUGUAUAUCUUUGGUUCUAUUUCAUGGUUGUAUUUUUUUUUCGAUUAUCGUUUUGUUUUGUAUGUUUUUCCUUUAUUUUCGUACUCGUUCACGUUUCUCUUCUCGCAUCACUCGAGCCAUGAAUACAGCCAACCAUCUCAAACGAAUGAAAACUUUCCUUCCACUGAACACAAUCCAACUCUAGCUGAUCGAAACGCAACUCCAUACGCAAGCUAAAAGCAAUGUCAAGUACUAGAUUAGUUUCUCUAAACCUGUGAAACAGAAAGUACACCUUAGCUCACUUUAAAUGACUAUGGUCAACCGUCAUCCAAUGCGGUCAUGUUUCAGAUUUUUCGCAAAGGAAAAUGAAGUGACUUCAAAUAUCCAUUCGCAAUCCGUUUCCAUCCAUCGUCAAAUCUUACAAUAUCUCCAUUCAUAGAGCAUAAAGGGAUACUAAAGAGYUGUGUUUUAUUGCGAUGUAUUUUAAUUUGCAAACUUAAGCAAAAGCUCGCAAGGGAUGCCGGUUGAACAUCGUCCUUUAACGGCUUUGUUUCAUGGGUUUAAUGACUUAUCAAAACAGCCUAAAAAACUUACCCUACUUCAAAAAAUCUAUCCCACAUUUCAUAAAAUAGUAUUCUUGUAAAUAGAAAUAUUUCAAAGUUAGUAAACAUAGAUUAUAUAUAUAAAUAAAUACCUACGGAAAUAUGGAAAAAUUUUGAAAACAUAGUUAAUAACGUUAUUACUUUUUUGUAAAUAUUCCUUGUUACUUUGAUCAUUCCUGGCGUUUCAUCCAUUUAAGAUAUUUAAGAUCUUUCCUUUAGUCAUUUUGUAACUUUUUUAGAUGGAUUUUCGCUAUCUUUGUUGAGUAUUUUGUUUUAUACUUCGGACGGACGUAGGUUAARAGGCUACGCGCUCGUGCGCUCGACUUUUUCUCAUUUCAUAGUGUACAUAUGUUGCCAGUGUGAAAGAAAUAAUAAUAAAGAUUCCAAAAAUUACUAAAC